AUGCUGAUACCAGAAAUGGAAGAAAUAGGGAUGGCUACAAUUACCUGCUCUGUGGACAGCCUGCUCAUACUGUGGAAGCUGAGGACACCGUGCAGCGCCUACAGAUUUUCAGGACAUGCGGAAGCGGUGACAAGUGUAGAGUUCUCUCCAGAUGGGCGGGUGCUGGCUUCAGCUUCUCAGGAUCACACGGUCAGGCUAUGGAUUCCUUGCAUUUAUGGAGAAUCAUCAGUACUGAAAGGUCAUACAGCACCUGUUCGGAGUGUGAGCUUCUCCCAUGAUGGCUGCUCUGUAGUUUCAGCAUCCAAUGAUAAAUUAAUAAAAAUAUGGAGUGUUUGCUCUCAGCGCCUUUUGUUUACGCUAUUCCAACACACUGGUUGGGUUUGCUGUGCCAAAUUUUCGCCUGAUGGAAGAAUAAUAGCAUCUUGUGGUGAGGACAAAUCUAUUAAACUCUGGGAUACAAGAAAUAAAAUUUGCAUUAAUACCUUCUCAGAUUAUGAAGGAUUUCCAACUUUUGUGGAUUUCAACCCAAGUGGAACAUGUAUAGCUUCUGCAGGUUCCAAUAACACAGUGAAACUAUGGGAUAUUCGAACGAACAAGCUACUGCAGCAUUUCAAAGUUCACAGAGCAGGGGUUAAUUGUAUAUCAUUCCAUCCUGCUGGUAACUACCUCAUCACUGCUUCUUCUGACGGUACCCUUAAGAUUCUGGACCUCUUAGGAGAAAGACUUAUUUACACUCUUCAUGGACACAAGGGACCUGUACUUUGUGUGUCUUUUUCAAAAGGUGGUGAAAGUUUUGCCUCAGGUGGAGUGGAUGCUCAGGUGUUACUAUGGAAAACCAACUUUGAUACUUUGGAUUAUGAAGAAGUUCUCAAACACAAUUUUAGAAGAACACAUAUUGAUGAUCCUCCUCAUCUUCUUGAUGUUUACCCAAGGUCAUGUCAUUUCCAUGAUGAAACAAUUACGUCAGUUGAGGUUGACCCUACCUUUGAUGUGCCUGAUAUGCAAACACCCGACCCAGUUAUCUUCGAUAUUAGAACAUCUUCAUAUAUGAGUACUCCUAGCGAUGGCAGAAGUGAAGAACUGCCGAGUCCCUGUGAUUCUCCCUCAGCAAGAAGUUCAAAAAGGAAGGCAGAGAGUGAGAGUGGGUCAGCUGUGCUUAGUGUGGAGCAGCCCAGAGGCAUCUCCUCCUCCGUGGACUGGGCUUUGGACCACAUUGUGGGCCAGCUGGAGAUGCUAACUGUAACCAUUUCAGUCCUGGAAGAACGUCUUACUUGUACAGAAGAUAAAUUGAAAGAAUGCAUAAAAGAUCAGCAAAAAAUGUUGCUUAAGGGAAAACAGAACUAAUAAAAGACGAAAAUGAGCUAUGUUGAUGAGUAUGUUUCAUAAAAUCACAAGGAAUGUUUCUUCCCUGGAUUUUGCUAUAAGCAGAAACAUCAAAUCAAAGUAAUAAAAAUGGAAGAAAUAAAAAAAAAAUCAAACAUUGGUAGCAAGCAGAUAUUCUGGUUAUCUGUUUAAUGAAGUGUAACCCAAUCAAAACUGCAACUUCCUAAAUAAUUUUCAUUGAACAUUUCAGAACUCUUACUUCAACCUAACAAGAUAUUUGUAUAUAGCUAAGCCACUAACUACGUAUUUUUAGAUGAAUAGCAGUUAUUAUGCAGAUUACCACUUUGCAGAUUUUUAAACUCAGUCAAUGAUGUUUUUAAAAAUAAUGUUCUUUGUGCUAAGACAACAUUACUGAAACACCUAAAUUAAGUAAGACAUAAUACAAAAAUGCCGCAGGUGUUCUUUGUCCCUUACAUAUUCUCAAGUGUUUUACCAAAAAAUAGUGUGCUGUUCUUUAUCUUCUCAACAUUUUAGUAAUGAUUGCAAGAAGAUGUUGUGUGAAAACUUUUAGUUACAAAUGCAGGAAUUAAGUCACUUUAACUUUGAAGCUAUAAUUGCAUCUAUGUGAAUCCAGCUGCAAAACAUGAGUUUUGAUGCACUUGAACGCUUCUGCUUAUCAUAUCCCCAUCAAAAUUCACUUUUCAUAUUUAUAAAAAACAAAAAUGAGCUUUAUACUUCUGAAGAAUAUGUUUGGACCAAACACAAAAAUUUGCAAAAUCUAGGUCAUAAAUACAAAAGAUUCUUAUCCCAUAAGAAUGUCCACGUGUGCUCAAGCUUUGCAUGCUGUGAAUGUACUUGAUCAAGUAAUGCAUUGUGAAUGCUGACAUAAGUCAGGAAAAACUUUGCAGUGUAUGAUGAUUUGAGUUUUAUUUUUAAUAAAAAUGCAAUUCUUAGAAAGAUGAUUUUGGGUCUUAUUUAAAGGAAAACAUUUAUUUUCUUUGUCUAUUUUUUAAAAUGUCAAUUGCAGAACACGUGUGGUAAGUCCACAGUCAAAACUAGGUAAUCAUACAUUUCUGUAACUUUACAUGUCUGUUGAAAAAUAGGACACUUGGAAUGGGGAAGCACUUUAAUCCAAUUCUCACCUGACUCUAUAUAGAUAAAGCCCAUUUCCCAGGCUGAACCUCAUUUACAUCAGCAGAGUUCAACUUUAGUACACAAGCUCACUGUGUAAAUAUGACUGCAGCUCAGGCCACAGAAAUGUGAAGUCAAUUUUUCUUGUAUAACUUAUUUUCUCUUUCAGUAACCAUCUUCAGAUCGCCAGACAUCAUCUCACUUCCUUUGUUAACUCUGAUUUUUACCAAUAGGUACUCAAUAUUUGCAGCUCAGUCUUGAGUUCUGCUGGUUAUGGCAAAGAAGUAAUCUCUUAUAAAAUUUUUGGAUGUAACUGUUUCUAGGCAGCAUCCUGGCCACAGAUUUUUGUCAGAGGAUGGUCAAAUGUAUUCCAGCCUGACCUUUGAUUAUGCAAUUGUUUAUACUACUACAUAACACAAAGUUAUAUAAAUGUUGUCUUUUGGAUCAUAUGUACUUCACUUUAUGAAUUUGCAAAUACUUUUGUGGUUUUUGCUUUUUCUUGUCUCCAUUAGAAGAGACAAAACCACGUAGCUAUUAAAAUUUUUGCUUAUUUCCUGUUAUCUCUUGGUGGACUAUAUAUAUAUAUAUGUCUUAAAUCUGCAGAUUUUUCUUUUAAGUUUUUUUCAGG